CUCUCUGUGUCCUCACCUUAUCUGGGUGUGUCCCUCUAAAAGCAGCAGGUACUCCUGCCGCAUUUUCGUCUCUCUGUCUCUGUUGGAAAGACUUGAACCGUCCGGGAUGGAUCUGUUCGCCUAUAAAUCGCUUCUCUUUCUGCUCUCUUUUAUCGGAUGCCGUGCGACAAAGACGACACCGCCGGUGGAUGCCGUUUUGGGGAAAAAUGUGACUCUAAAACCGCUGGUCUAUAAUCCGAGCUUUAAUGCGAUAGUAUGGAAUUUCGAAGGAGACAACAUCCUCACCUUGUAUCCGACAUCGAUGACAGUGAGCGAGUCGUACAAGGGAAGGGUGUCGAUUAACCGGACCAAUGGUUACCUGACCCUGUCAUCCGUCAAGUCGCAGGACAGCGGUGAUUACACCAUCACCAUACUAUCGACUACGACGGAAACCGACAAGAUCACGCUCCGAGUCCUGGAGCCCGUGACCACUGUGGUCAUCAAGUCUGACGUACCCAAGGCCGUAGAGCACAACAGCACUGUGGUUUUGACCUGCUCGGCUAAAGGCUCCUUCGUCAAGUUCACGUGGCUCAACGGCACGGCGAAAAUCGUGGCCGACGGCAAACGGAUUACAAUAAAAGAUGAGGAGCUGUCCACUAAGCUCACCAUCGUAGGUGUUCUCAGGUCAGACCUCGUUGGUCCCAUCUUCUGCACAGCCGGCAACAAACUGGAGAUCGAGAAGAGUGCCCCCUUCAACCUCACUGUCUACUACGGACCAGAUACAGUCACCAUCACUCCUCCGCUGGUUCCCAAAUACGUCUUGACCGGCUCCAACCUCAGCCUGUCCUGUGCAGCCGUCUCCAGCCCGCCCGCCACCUUAACCUGGUACCAUGGCAAGAAGAUGAUUGAGAACAAAGGGCCCGUCCUGACACUGGCAACGAUAGAAAAACUUGGAUUAGGAAAGAAAGCUGGGGAGUACACAUGCACAGCCCAAAACUCUGAAACAGGACGCUCCCUCCCUUCUUCUCCAGUGUCCUUCACUGUGAUGGAGCCCAUCGUGGGUGUUAAAAUCAGCGGUCCAUCUGGAACCCUCAUCGCCGGCAACAGCACUGCCAACAUCAGCUGCCAGGCGAAGUCAGGCAGCGAUAAGAGCCUGACCUGGACCAAAGACGGCAAACCGCUGACCGCCAGCUCCCGCGUGGUGUUCUCCGGCGACAUGACCUCGGUGAUGAUCAAGCCUCUGCAGAAAGAGGACAACGGAGAGAUCAUGUGUACGAUCAGCAACCCGGUCAGCAAAGAAGUCGCCUCCCACAAGAUGGUCGUCAACUACGGUCCUGAACCGGUGACGGUGACAGGUGUUACUGCGGUCGAGGUGAACGACCCUGUGAAGCUAAUAUGCUCAGCUGCCUCCGUCCCCGCCGCCAACUUCACCUGGAAGUUUAACGGCACAAUGACCUCAGCUAAGACGGCCCAGUUUGACAUCGAGAAGGCCGUCUACAAAAGCACUGGAACAUACACAUGUGAGGCAACCAACGCUGUUACAGGCAAGACCAUGAAGGCCAACCACAUUCUGUCCGUCAAAGAGGAGGGAGCGUUGGAUGACGGUCUCUCAGACGGAGCCAUCGCUGGAAUCGUCAUUGCCGUCCUCGUCGCUCUUGCCGCCGCCAUCGGUCUUAUCAUGUACUGCAGACAGAAAGUACCCGUUUCUUCUGUUUCCAGGGUCGAGUCUCCGUAUUAAAGACGUCCUGCACGCUGCUGACACCGGCCCAAACAUCCCGCCGUUUUGUUUCCCAUGAUCCACCUGUGCAGGAGGAUGGAGGAGCAUCCAAUCUGGUCCAGCUGGUUUCCUGUGAAGCCCUCGCCCCACACAAGAUUUCCCAUCAUCCCUUUAUCUCCCCGUCUCUCUCCGGCUCAGGCUUCUUCACCUUCUUCUUCACCUUGUUAUAACACCCCCCCCCGCCAUCUUUCACCUUUUGUCCGCCUCGCCUCCUCCUUCAGGAAACCAAAAAAAAAA